UUGUAGCCAGCGAGACAAACGACAAGCUAUACCCAACUAGCAGCCCCCGGAAACAUUCUCUCUUCCAGCCUCGGUUUCUCACCAGCAUCCAGAUUGGCCGUCGUCCUCCUCGUCUCCCAGGUCUCGCACCUUCUCUCUGCGGCGAGCGCCGCACGAUUCGUCGAUCGAUCGCGGUCUGUAUAGAGAUGAUCAGCAGGUGCAUCUGCUGUAUCGCCAGUGGCGAUGAUGAGCCGGAGCCAGCCGCCGCACCCACCGGUCGUCGCAGUCGCAGGUCGAAUCCGUCGAGGACACCCAAGAACAGGAGUAUGGAGUAUCCAUGGGAGAUCUACAGCCUCAAGGAGCUCCUGCAGGCGACCAACAACUUCAACGAGAGCAACAAGCUCGGGGAGGGCGGAUUCGGCACCGUCUACUGGGGCCGCACCUCCAAGGGCGUCGAGAUCGCGGUGAAACGACUGAAGGCGAUGACGGCCAAGGCGGAGAUGGAGUUCGCCAUCGAGGUGGAGAUCCUCGGCCGCGUCCGGCACAAGAACCUUCUCAGCCUCCGCGGCUUCUACGCCGGCGGCGACGAGCGCCUCAUCGUCUAUGACUACAUGCCCAACCACAGCCUGCUCACGCAUCUCCACACCCAGCGCGGCGCCCCCUCCUCCCAGCAGCAUCAGCCCCUCGACUGGGCACGCCGCGUUGCCAUAGCCAUCGGUGCCGCCGAGGGCCUCGCCUACCUGCACCACGAGGCCAACCCGCACAUCAUACACCGGGACAUCAAGGCGAGCAACGUGCUGCUGGACGCGGAGUUCGUCCCCAAGGUCGCCGACUUCGGGUUCGCCAAGCUCAUACCCGACGGCGUGUCGCACCUGACGACGCGGGUGAAGGGCACGCUGGGCUACCUGGCGCCGGAGUACGCCAUGUGGGGGAAGGUCUCCGAGAGCUGCGACGUCUACAGCUUCGGCGUGCUCCUCCUGGAGCUCGUCAGCGCGCGCCGCCCGCUCGAGAAGCUCCCCGGCGGCGUCAAGCGCGAGAUCGUGCAGUGGGCGGCGCCGCUGGUGGACCGCCGCAAGUGGGAGCGCCUUGCGGACCCGCGCCUUGCCGGACGCUUCGACUUGCUGCAGCUCCGCGCCGUGGUUGAGGCCGCCAUGCUGUGCACGCAGAGCAACGCCGAGAGCCGGCCGGCCAUGGCUGAGGUGGUCGAGAUGCUCAGGUUCAGUGGUGAGCGGCGGACAACCAAGGAGAUCGUCCCGGUGGUCGCCGCGAGCAGCGAGGAGACCACGGACCUGGAAGACGUCACCGGCAGCAGCGAGCCCCUGGACAGGCGGAGCUGGAAGCUGACCAAGCUGAGGUGAUUGACCGUCCAUCCGGAUUCAGGCAUGUGUUAUCAUAUGAGGUGCAAAUGGUUAGUGGAUUUAGCAGAGAUUGCACUGUUAAUUAAUUGAUAAGGUUACGCAAACGGCGGUGCUGGUGGUGUUCGGUGGGAGAAAUCAAGAGUUGUUAAUCAUCUCGCCUGCAAAGUUUUGUUUGCUUGCGUUGUGGGGUUUGUUGCAUUUGCUUAUUAUUAUUGUUCGAUGAUCUAUAUGGGAGCUAUCAGAAUGAU